AGAUCUCAUUUUGUUUGAGGCUGGAUAUAGUUGAAAUCAAACCACACACCAAGAGGGUAUGAUGGAUAAGAAGCCCCCAAAACCAGCUCCUCGCAGGAUCUUCCAAGAAAGGUUAAAGAUUACCGCUCUACCUUUGUACUUUGAAGGUUUUUUGUUAGUCAAGCGGUCAGAAUACCAGGAGUAUAAACACUAUUGGACAGAGUUGAGAGGAACUACGCUUUUUUUUUAUUCUGACAAAAAAAGUCCAACAUAUGUUGACAAGUUAGACAUAAUAGACCUCACAUGCCUUACUGACCAGAAUUCAACUGAAAAGAAUUGUGCAAAAUUCACCCUUGUUUUACCGAAAGAGGAAGUGCAACUGAAGACAGAAAACACAGAAAGUGGGGAAGAAUGGAGAGGCUUCAUUCUUACAGUAACAGAGCUGUCAGUGCCCCUACACGUGUCACUCCUUCCUGGGCAAGUAAUUCGACUGCAUGAAGUCCUAGAGAGAGAGAGAAAAAGGAGGAUUGAGACAGAGCGGAUACCGAGUUCAGCCUUAGAAAAGGAGCAGGAACCUAUUGAAGAUUAUGUGGAUGUACUCAACCCUAUGCCAGUAUGUUUUUAUACAGUGUCCCGGAAAGAAGCAACCGAGAUGCUUGAGAAGAACCCUUCUUUGGGAAAUAUGAUCCUGAGGCCUGGUAGUGACAGCAAAAACUAUUCCAUCACUAUCCGGCAGGAGAUAGACAUGCCAAGAAUCAAGCAUUACAAAGUGAUGAGUGUAGGGAAAAACUACACUAUUGAACUGGAAAAACCUGUAACACUCCCAAACCUUUUCAGUGUCAUUGAUUAUUUCAUGAAGGAGACGCGAGGAAAUUUACGACCCUUUAUAUAUUCAACUGAUGAACCCCUCGAGACCAAAGGAUUUCCUGUACCAUCUGUAAGACUGAAAAAAAAUGUUUAGGGUGGAGAGAAUUGUGAUAUAAUUGCUUCAUGUCAGUUAUCUAAUGCUGUGUAACAAACUACCCUAACCCAUGGUAGUUAAGUCAAUAACCAUUAUAUUUGCUCACAAUUCUGCGUCGGCAAUUUGGAUUGGAUUCACCUGGGCAGUUCUUCUGCUAGUCUAACUUGCUGUCACUUACACAACGGUAACCAGCUGCUGGCCUGACUGGGGCUGUGUGUUUCAAGUCGGCGUCAUUCACACAUCUGGUGCUGGUGGUCAGCUGGAGCUGGCUGAACCACUCUUUUCACAUAGUCUCUAAUAACUGAGGAGUUAGCUCAGGCUUUCUCACAUAGAUCUCGGAGCUGGCAAAACGAAAAGGAUAGCUGGAGUCCCUUGGCUAGAAAUUCUUAGUGUUAAGAAUCAAGUACAGCCCUGUUGGAGCUUUUAGUACAGCACAUUGUGAAUUGAAUAAAUAAAUCCAAGUGUGAUAUGUCUUAUGUACAGGGGUUGUAAACCUUUCUUUUAAAAAAAUUAAUUUACAUGCAACAAAAUUCACUCUUUUUCGGUGUAUAGUCCUGGAAGUUUUGGCAACCACCACUAGAAUAAAAAUACAGGAAGUUUUGUCACCUCAAAAAAAAAAGCUUUCUUUCUUUGUAGUCAUCCCUUCUUGUCA